AAAGCUUGUUGGUAAACUAUUGGUCGAUUAGGAAAAAUGUUGGUUGUCAUUUCGAACGAAAUAAUUAAAUAUUUAACGGGUAUUUACUAUUAAUAAAAGUGGCCUGCCUCUAGACAAUAGCUUAAAAUGUUAAAGGAUAAUAUAAACACAUUAGCAGAAGAUUUAGAAAGACAGGAGCUUGAAGCCCCAAACGGCACCGCUACGUACGAAGUUUACGAACAAUUGUUAGCUAUUUAUUUAUGCCAGAACGAUUUAUGUAAUGCUAAGUAUUUAUGGAAACGAAUACCCGAUGUGGUAAAAUUAUGCAAGCCUGAAUUAGGACAAAUAUGGACUGUUGCUCAACAUAUGUGGCAAAGGGACUUUCCUGCCGUUUAUAGAGCAUUAACAAGUGUUAAAUGGUCGGAUACAGUUGCAGAACUUAUGAAUCUUGUUCAAGAAAAUGUAAGAAGUAGAGCUGUGGAUUUGAUAGCACAAUCUUUCUCAUCAAUAGCCCUUGAAACUGUGGCAUCCAUGACAGAUCUUAAUGUUGAAGUUGCCGGGGCAGCUUGUAUUGAAAAAGGGUGGUUAGUCGAAGCUGACACUCAAAUGGUACAUCCAGUUAGACCUAAAUUAGAACCUAGCGGACACAUCUCGAGUGAGGAUCAACUUUACAAGCUCACCGAUUUUGUGUCCUUUCUUGAAAAUUGAGUUUAAAGUUAUAAUAAAGUUAUAAUCAAGUA